AUUUCUUCAACAUCGAACAGGGAUUUCGACCUUCAGAACAGGCGUAGCGUCCUUCAUCUGCAGCUUAGUUUUGGGGUUUAGGUAGCACUUACCGAGAUCGUCAUUUACAAACAUCAUAUGUUAUCUUCACCAUUAGGAUUUAAUGUUCAACGAAAUGUAAAGAUAAAAUCAGUUUACCAGGUUAUUGGUAUCUUGGUUGGAGUAUGCUUCAAUAUAUUUUAUAUCACAGUUAGAGAUGUGGAAACUGCAGUUUGUUGCUCAUUUUCAAUUCUGUUUGGGUCUGUUGGAUUAUAUGUUGACAUCCAGUUACUUAGAGGACACUGGAGAGUGUGGCCAUAUAUCCUUCGACGGUACAUGUUGCUGGGUAUAGUUGGGUCAGUUCUCUCUUCAGUAGCGCUUGUGGGGAAUUUAUACAAUGAAAUAAAAUACCACCAAAUGUCAUCCUUUCGGUCAGAUUUAUGGUCGUUGUCCUCCCUACACUGGUCUGCUAUCCUGGCAUGGACAUCUAGGAAGUACCAUGUCCUGCUAACAGAUGUUUAUACGCUAUCAAAAGGCCAUAGCUAGUGACUAAACGGCUCGCUUCAGUGUGAAAUAACUACCUUAUUAAAACUACUGGAACUAUAUGUAUACAUAUAGUCAGAUUUUAUCAUAUAUAUGUAUAUAUAAUGAAAUUUGACCUUUGAGAUCACUAAAGUAUUUUGCUUUGUAUGGACGUUUUAUUGUUUCAACACAUAUUACCUGCCUUAACCUCAUAUACUUACUUUUAACUUUUGUACCUAGUAAAAAGUAAAAAAUUAAGACUCUUAAUCUUGUCGUGAUUUUUUCCAAUACACGGCAAAUUUAAGUAAAAAUAGAACGCCGAUUAGCUUGGAGACCUGAUUACACGUUAGAGGUAUCAGUGAAAGACAAUACGUGUAGUAGUGUGUUUCAGUGGUUUG